GUUACAGAGCGUCUAUAGACACGACUGGGCAACGAGGAAGACCAUCAUUUGAAAUCAGAGAAGAACAACUGUCUUACCUUUUAGAACAAGGAUUUAAUGUGAGAGACAUAGGAAGUAUUCUAGGAGUAAGUGUCCGCACUGUGGAGAGGCGAAUGUCAUCGUUUGGGCUAACUGUAUCAG